GCAGCAUGAGAAGAAGCCUUAAAGCUGUCUUAUAGCGGUAACACGCAAGAAACAGCCGUUAUUUAAACCUUUUUUUAAAGGUUAUUUCCUUCAUUAUGAACUUGUAUCGGAAGCAGGAAUAUUAUUUUACCCGGCAAAGAAACGAAUAGGUAUUUCGUUUUUUAUCUGGUAGGCUUUUUUUUUUAGUUUCUCAAAGUAAAAGUUAAGCAGCGGUUUAUUUAGCUUGCUAAAAUGCCAACUGAAGUAAAGCAAAGAAAGAAAACUCAGGCACAGAAACAAAACGAUGAACUAUCAGAAACUGCAAAGUAUGAAGCGCAGAAAGUGAAGACGGAAGAAAACACUGGAGCAAAUAAAGCGUCUUCGGGUCUGGACGUUAAAAGUCUGAUGUGUUUACUGUCGCUUGCAGCUUGCGGAGUUUUGAGUUGGAUGGUGCUGCAGCAGAAUGAGAAGUUUUCCCAAAUUGAAGAAAAGUACAAAUCGCUGCAUGGAAAAACUUCCAGCCUGUUCGACAUGGAGGAGGAGAUUGUCAGAGUUUCUAAAAAGCUUGCCGCCUCUGAGGAUGACCUUCAGGCAGCGCUCUCCACCGUCUCCUUGGCGACAAGACUCCAGCAGGACAUCUCCACCCUCCACGCCGCUGUCAUGGCGAUGCAGGCCGACGAGAACUCCGCUUCCCGGGACCUGCAGACGGUCAACGCCCACUUCCUCAACGUGACGGAGACGUGGCAGGAGCGACUGGCUGCCGUCACCUCCGACCUGGCCGCCCUCAAGGCCGAGUCCCGGGACGCUCACGCCGGAGCCACCGAGCGGGUGAACGAGGCUGAGCAGAGGGCCCGGUCGCUGGCGGAGAGGCUGGGGGAGCUCGAGGACAGCACGAAAAGGAACGCCCGAGCUCUGGAGCGCACAGAGGAGGAGGACGCCAAGCGAGCGCAGGAUCAGCUGGACUGGAACACCAAGCAGAUCCACAGGCUGGAGGAGCAGCUCAGCAGCCUGAGCAAGAGGGAGGCUGAGCUGAACUCUCAGCUCCAGGAGCACAUUCCCCGAGCACAGCAGUGUGAAGAGCACCUGCCACAGGUGGAGGAGGCGGUGCGCUCCAUCCUCAGGCUGGGCGGCGAUCUGAACGCGGCAGAGAAGAGGCUGGAGGAGGUGACGUUACAGGUGUUUGGGACUGAGGACAGCAUGCUGAAAGCGUUGAAUGAAAUCCUCGAGAUCAGGCAGGAGCUGGACACCCUGCAGGCUCACAACAGCAUCCUGAAGAUGAAGAAUGAGUUGUCCGUGGUUAAAGAGGCGGUCCAUGAACUCACCAUGGUGUUGAGGGAAAGUAGGGUCGACGGCCACAUGGACUCUGACACUCUGGAGGAAGAGGGUUGGAAAGAUGAAGAGGAGGAGGAGGAAGAGUGGGAAAGGGAUGACCAGGACGAACCAACUCAACCCCCUCAUGAUGACCUCAGUGAAUGAUGUCAUUGUUUUGUCGGCUAGGGAAAAGGAGUGGCGAUGUCGGGUCUUAUUAUUUGCUGUAAAAAGUCUCAAAUGAAGUUCAGUAUUAAAGUUUUGUGACAGUUGUACCUCAGUUUAAUGUCAGAAAACUGUGUCCUAUCGUUGUGAAAGUAGCCUGAUGUCAACAUGAACUCAGGAGUACAUGCACUGUAUUACAGCACACACAUUUAACUUCAUGUACCAUUUUUAUAAAGCACAUUUUGUUACUCUCAAGCUGUCCAUUUGAAGUUUUAUUACAAUAACUGUGCCCAUUUUUACAUGUACAUUUAGUUCAUUAGACGACUGACAAUUGCUUAUUUAAUGUAUCAAGCAAACAUUGUCCAGUUUAUGGUCUUAUUCAUUUGUAAACUGAAUAUUUUUUUAAGUGUUUCCUGGAGAAAAGAAGUGUUUUGAUGGUGUGUUAAGAAAUUGGAUGCAAUUUCCUGACAUAGACCUACAAAUGCGUAGAUAAUGUAAUCAGAAAAACAAGCAAUAAUGAACAAAAUCAUUACUUUCAGCUUUUGUAAAUGUAAAAUUAAUCAACAUAUUUUUGAUAUUUGUUUCCACCAUGGCAAGCAGUUAAUCACUGAGUUUAUUUAAUAAAAUCACAUUUUUUAUACAUAUAA